AUAGUUAUUUUCAGAGCACUUAACUGUUGCCUAGAAAAAAAAUACUUGAGAUAAUGGGGAAAGGGGACUCUCCCCAGUCUGCAUCUCUAGUUAGAACUUGUCCGUAUACAUCAAAGGGAGGCAAAACGCCUAAGCAGAGAGAAUUUGCAUAUUAAAUGCCAGUGCUCUAAGGAUCAGUGCUUUUGUCUGCAGUUUAUCGUUGAUUUCAUUCACCGCUGCCUCCUCUUCAGGUGUCUGUCAUAAAUCUCUUUGCAAGUCUGCCUCCUUUUCUUCUUUUUGUGCCACGCUUAUUUUUGGGGGGUAUAUUUCUAUGCAGAGAGAAUAAUUCUUUCCAGUAUUGUAUUGUAAUCUGGUGGCCAGUUGUGGCACUGGCAGUUUUAGAGAUCACGCUUCUGUCUUUUUAUGACUUGCACGUUGUUUCUGGUGGUGAUUCUGUAAGCAAAACUUGGAGAAGAAAAUAACUUUUUUUUUUUUCUUGUUUGGAGUUUCAUUGCCCCUCUUAAAUUGGCUCGUCCUGUUAUAUAAAUGAGUGUUUUAUGGACCACUAGAGAAGAGAGUACUGUCCGAAAGUAGGAAGGUAUGUUUCUUUAAGGGGCCACUGGGGUGGAGGAAAUGUGCCUGAAAGACCUGCAACCUAAUCUAACUAGCUUUUAAAAUCGAAGAUGAUCGUUAUCGCUUUAUGGUGUUGCACCUCAUUGCAGAGCAGAGUAGCACGUGACAAGGGAGCCAUAACCUCCUCUUAGACAAGUUCUACUUUAAAGGGGUUCAGACUUCAAAGGAGUUUUUUAAUACACAGAUGCUUCAGUGAAGUCCGGGUCUGGGAAAGUACUGAUCUGGAGGCUGAAAUUUCCCAACCACAGUGUUACUGUAGCAGAGACUUUGGUUCUGUCACCUUCUCUCUGCUUGUCAUGCAAAUUGACCAGCUGUGGUCUUUGAGGAGGGCCCAGUGUCCUUGAGUUGUUCAGUGCAGGGCGUCUCUGCUGAAACAGUUUCCAGACAGUUAUCAGCAGAGUUUAUAUUUAGUGCGGCAUGUGAAGGUGGACUGAAAUGGCUGCUUGAGCUCAUGAGCUGCUUGGGGAGUCAGCGAGCAAUGGUUACUGAAGUCACUAAAUGUGUUUGCUGCCUGUAGUGUAGUGAUCUUGAUGGGAUUAGUUGUGUCCUGUGAUCGUGGUUGUUUUCGGCUGUUUUAUUCCUGUCUGGAGAACUGUUUUAGCUCUCGGUAAGAGCAAUCUGCAGUGGCCUCAACCUCAGCUCCUCAGCUGUGCAACCUCUUAGCUGCAGACUUGGGUUUCUGUGUCUGCGGCUGUUCCUGUUGCAUCACUUCUGCUUUUUAUCAGUGUACUUGCUCACACCACAGCCGUCUACUGCUAUACUGCCCAAAUAUGUCCCUUGCCUGUUCUGCUUUCAUGAGAAAACAGGUGUAAGCCGCUGGCCUCUGUCAGUCCAGGAAGGUUUGACGUUGCACCCAGAGUGUGUUAGGCCACUGCUGUCUUUUUUUGCCUCUUUGAAAGUUGCAUCUCUUCUUGCUAACCUGAGAUCCUCCCGGAGAAGCCCUUUGCCUGCUGAUACCUGCAUGAAAGGUGUGUGAAUCAACCUGUCAUCACUGAAUCAUCACUUUAGUCAUACUAACUUGACAACAUUUGUAUGCCAGCUUGUGUCAUCACCAGACCGAGGUGCUCCUGAUCAACCAGAUCUUUCAGGAAUUUUUUAAAAAGAAACUUUGGUGGGUAAAAGAUGUGCCAUGGAAUGGUAGCACCAAAGAGCAACACAGGAUCGUCUCUUGCCUUGACUAGCCAUGGGUUAUUUCUUCUGCUAGUUAUCUUUGGUAGCUUUAUCUUGGAAACACAGGCCACAGGUUGGCUCAGCAAAUCCAAAGGACCUACAUAUUGUCCCCAGCCACCACAGCCUGAGAAUGGAGGCUAUAAAUGCCACCCUAGCCCCUGCAACAACCCUCUGACUUCAGGCAGUGUUAUAGAGUAUCUGUGUGUUGAAGGCUACAUGCUGAAAGGAGAUUAUAAAUACUUGACCUGCAAGAAUGGAGAGUGGAACCCAGCCAUGGAAGUCAGCUGCAGGCUUAGCCCGGAAAAGGACUCUCCUCCAACAAUUGGAGUACCCACGCUGUCCAUAGUAGCCUCCACAGCAAGCUCCGUCGCCCUGAUUCUGCUCUUAGUUGUGCUGUUUGUUUUGCUGCAGCCAAAGCUGAAGUCUUUCCAUCAUAGCAGGCGAGACCAAGGUGUGUCUGGAGAUCAGGUCUCUAUCAUGGUGGAUGGUGUCCAAGUGGCCUUGCCAUCCUAUGAAGAAGCGGUGUAUGGGAGCACAGGGAACUGCAUUCCACCCUCGGACUCCCGAGUGCAGAUCGUGCUCUCGGAGGGAGCUGGGCAGAAUGGAGCCAGAGAGAUACAGCAGCAGGACCAAGGGGCUUGCAAUAGCUUUGAAAGAGAAGAUGAAGCCCCUGGACAUUCUGGACUGUGUGAAGCCAGUGGCUCACAGCGCUCUGAAACUGUUCUUGUGCAUCAGGCUGCUACCUCUUCCUGGGUAGCUGGCAUGGCUAGCAGUAGACCUGUACACAAAGAGGUCCAAGAUUCAGAAAGCAGUGACAUACAGAGCCUUUUAUCACUCACUUCCUCCGAGGAAUACACAGAUGAUAUUCCCUUAUUGAAGGAAGCAUGAGGCCUGCUGUGUUUGUCUAGCCUUCUCCCUCUUGGAUUUCUUCCUCCUCCCCUCCCCCUGCCUUCAGGACAGAAGCACUCUGUGCAGCCUUCCCCAUCCUCGCGAGCUGUGUCCUGGAUACCUCCAAGCAGAGAUGCCCUCAGCUGAAGAUCCAAAGGAUGUCGCCAGGUUGCCUCCUGGAUGCACCAGUGGAGUUGGUGCAGCGCUGGCUUCCCCAUUCCAUCAGCAUCAGGGGCUCAAGGAACAGAGUGGAUUUGAGCUCUCCUCUCCUCUUCCCCAGCCAGAUGUUUGACAGCAGUCUCUGAAGAGCUGCUCUUUUCUCGUGCCUUUCUCUUCCUCACACCGGCUUGUUGCAGCUUAUCAGCCUCUCUAGCCCUUCUGCUGCCCAGAGAGCAGGGGCUAAAACCGCUUGCUCACUGGGUGCAGACACAGUAUAUAUAUAUACACGUAUGUAUGUUAUAUAGGCUCUUCUUCCGGCAUCCUGUUUGUGGUAAGGCAGGACAAAACGCCUCGCUGGGACUGAAGCUGGGCUUGGGAGGGAUCCCAGCUAAGGGGCAGCUUGUGAUGUCUAGAAGCGCCUCAGAUGAGAUGGGCUGUAUGACAACUUAGCUGUGCAGUAACAGUUCGUUGAGAAUUGCUAGAGCGCUGAAGGCUGAGAAGUCCAACGUGUAGGAAUGCCCCCUGCCCCCUUCUCAAAAACCAUCUCAGCAGGAGUCCAUUCCUGAAAAUCACUUAGGUCUCCUUCCUUCCUUCUCUACCUGUGCAGCCCACUUGAUUAUUCUUUGUUUCUAGAAGCUGGGACUGGGACUGUACUACCAAUAGAACAACCCUUUCAGCUUUGGUCUGGUGCCAGAGCAGCUCCUGGUGUUAGAUUGUAGAAGAGCCUUGGAGAAUGGCCAGUGGUUGGCAGGGUCCAGAAAGCUUGGAGGGUGUGACUUUCAGUUAACCAACCCUAUGUUAACUAUGAGUUAGCCCCAUUCACUGAGGCAUCAGGACUGGAAUCAAAUUUGUAUCCCUGCUCUUCUGAAUAAGCUGUGUGUCUCAAAGCUGUUUCAGUUAAAGUGGUUCUGCACUAAAGCUUAGGUUCCUUUGGUCAGAUCUUCAGGCAGAGGUAACACUUUUGAGAUGUAAUCUGGAAGUGGUUCAGGUGUUUGCAAAUGUCAACAGAAAAAAUGCCCGUAGGUAGUGAAUGCUUAGUGCCGUUGGUGCAAUCCCAAAUGACCUUUCCAGCCACACAGGUACCUUGGUACUUGAAUCCUGGGUAGCUACCAUCUCAGAGGCUAGUGUGUCUUCCUAGCUUCAUACAGCAAGAGUCUGCUGUUUUAUCUUAAUGGGCUUCAGUGGGCCCACAGUGAAGGGCUUCUUCCUUGUGGCUGGGGGUAAGCAGCAUUUAUAAAGUCUCCUAAAUACAAGGCAGUUGCCUGUUGCUGUGAGGGGAGGUUGGCUACAUUGACAGCAGUGCCAGAGGAGACCAUAGCUUAUUCCUGAACCUAAGUUUCGAAGAUUAUUUCAAGUUCUGGUAGCAGGGAAAAGAAAAUCCAAAAAUAUGUAUACCUCUGCCCCCCACAGUUAUCUACAGCAGGUCAGAAUAUCCUGGUUGCUGUUAACAGGUCUCUCCUUUUGCAGGAAGCCACAUUCGUCUGGGGUAGGUGAUCCGAUCACAAAAGCAUUGUGGUGAUUGUAAGGCUCUUCACUGGGGAGGUCUGGACGCUGUUCUGUGGGAUUGGUUUCAGCAAGAAGAGUUGGCUUCUUAGGUGCGUGUACUUUGUCAUAACUGUCUUGAAGUAACCAGGGAAGUGUUUGCCCUGUGAGAAGCUGCUAAAUUUUUAUUUGAGUUGAAGGAGCAAAACGUCAUGGCCUUACACAUCAUGUGGUAAUGUACAGGUAAAUAGGGAUGCUGUCUUUGCUGCUUUGCUUUUGGUUUACAAACCUCACCAUCCUCAUCCUUGUUGCUCCAGGAGCAUACUGUCACAGCACUUGGUAAAAGUGAUACAACACCUUUAUAUAUAAAAUCACUGUGGCUUAGCUCCAGUUCCUGAAAAUGGGGAUUGGCCAUAGUAUCCAGCCACGUACCUGCUGCUCUUGUUCCUGAUUAGCUGUUAAAUCCCAGGACACCUGGGACAGCGCGUGCCUGUGGAUGGAAGAAUCCUAUUUUCCCUAUCCUUGUUUUAGAGGGAUGUUAUUAAUUUAAAAAUACAGUAUUUUAAACUUCCUUCCCUAUUGCUCAUGUUACCUUGCAGUAACACAAGGAUUUGAUAAAUCCCAUUUGGGUCGUUUAGGUAUUUUCUGUUCAGUUUGGAUGGUGAAAAUCCCACAUUGUUUUACAGUGGGCUGCAGUGUCUCAGCUUCAAGCACUGUAGAGGGCAAAUGUUGUUUACCCAUCUGCUAUUGGAAUUUUAGAAAAUAAGCAUGGGAACGUUUGUAUUUAGUUUUUAACUCCUACCUUGGAAAUGGUCUAAGCUUGAGCGAAUUGUCUCAUUCACUAGUUUAUCGGGGCACAUGGAAGGAUUGAGCGAGUGUUGUGCUAAGGGAGUGGGGAGGGAAGACUACGUGACUUCUUUCCUGCUACCUAACCAACUUGGAGCAGGAGAGUUGCUCUUUAUGCAUUUAAGGUCCUGUCUACUCAAACUGACCCUCAGCAAUCAAGGUGCAGAAGUCAGGUACAGGCUGUCCUCCUGCAAGGGACAGUCCUUUAACUCAGUGUUAGCACCGGGUUGGUGGGAGAAUCCUACAACGAAGCUGGAAGCUGAUCCCAAGGCCUGACCUUACCCUGGACAAGCGCCUGCUCCGCCAGCAGAAAGCAUGUACCGUGUGGCCCUGCCUCCUCUCUCUGCUAUUGUAAAGCAAGCAGAUGCCAGUUUGGGAAAGAAAAUUCAAUUGGGUGGGGAAGAGAAGGAAGCAAGCUGCACAGAAGAGGGAGUGCUUUAAUUUUGUUUCAUUUAUAGAAAUUGUGGGAAAUGGCUUUACUAAGGACAGGGGAAAUGCAUAUUUUGCUCCACCUCCGCAAGCGUAGAUCUUGUGAUCAGGCAUAAACAGGCAGCUUCUGUUGGCUUGCUGAGGGUACACCAGCAGCUCCCAGGCCAGUCUCUGCUGUGCUGGCUGGUAACCCCAGCUGAUGUUUCCAGCGCUUGCAGAAGAGCCUGUCCCCUGCAGCAACACUUGUGGGAGCAGGCACCAAGGACCUGUGCAAGCCAGAACAUGGAAAACCGUUUGGGGGCAUCACAUUCCUCUUGCCCACGUCCUCAGCUUUAGAGUUUAUUUUCAUAUAAAAUGAGGUAGAAUGGCUGGGAAGGAACCUGAGAGAUAUCUGCUUUACAGUUUUUUUUCCUAGGGGGAGGGGGAGCAAGGCCUCACUUAACUCAUUAUCAAGUGAUUGUUCCAUGUUCGUGUUUGUUUUAAUCCUGCGGAGGCUGAAGGAUUGGAAAGUCUUUUGAGCAGAGAUUUAGGAAAAACUAAAUUGUACAGACCUGUCUUCACUUAUGGGAGCAAGGGCUGAGGCUUAAAGAUCCCUCAGUCGUGAGCGCUGCUCUAUCUCAGGAGCAUUCAUUACCUCUGAGCAAAGAGUGUGUCCUUGUUGGCUCUUGCCAUAGGUAGAUGCAGCCUGCAUCUCAGUGUGGUGGAUUGGGAGCACAGGGGCUCAGCCUUGCAAGAUACCACACAGUAAAUGAAUUUUUUUCUUUUUUUUUUUCUCCUUAUUGGGCCACAGCCUCCUUACCUUUUUUCCCACCUAUGUCUGGCAAAAGAAUUCAGAGGGAGGCAUGUUUUCUUAUUUAACACUCCCGACAUAAUCAUCUCAUGCUCUGUCAUACAUGCUGGAUCCUGUGAUAUUCAAGAACAUUAAAAUGAUUUACUUACAUUGGAAAAAUAAAAAUAGCACUUAUUUGAAAGGUUUAUGUUAUUUUUUGAGUUUGAUAGGUUAAAAAAAAGGGCAUUUCAGAAAUUCAGAGUAUUAUGUGCAAUAGCAAAACCUCCUUGCUCCCUCUCAGUUACAUAGUUGGGGUUUUUUUUUAAGUAAAUAAAAUGCAACCUACUGCAGUGUUUACAGCCCAAGCGUUGCAGAACUGGACCAGCCUGAUAGAACCAGAAAGCGAAGCUGACAGUAACCCAUGGGGAAGCGGGGCAGUCUCCUGUCAGGAUCUGCAUCAUGAAGCUCAGCUCACAGGAUGAGCCAGCUUGGAUUGUGUCAAAGCCUACUGCCACCUUGAAGGGGGUUGGCAGCAUUGGUGAGAGAGAUGGUUUUGUGCGUUCUGGUUUUAAAUAGCUUGCAUGUCCCCAUCAUUAACUGCAGAAGAGGUAAAAAAUGAAAUCGGGAGGAGAGACGUGCUGCAGCAUGUGAGCCUGUGGAGUUGUUGCUGAGUUAAGACUUCAUGAGUUUGGGAGGGAGAAGAGCUUAAUGCAUUUUUAUCCUUUUUCUUAACCACCAGGGAACUUGCUGUGUAGAAGAAUGCUUACUCAGCGAGCAUGCUGCUUGUUCACCCCUUGGACGUCUCCCCUGAGGUUUCUCCUUAGCCUUUCGACUCUGGGGUGUUGAAUUGUUUAAUGCAUCUGGAGCCUUUAUUUGGCCUUUCAGCACAUGGAGAAGUCAGGUUUGUUAGGAAGAAGUCUGUUCCACGUGUUUUGGGAGGAAACAUCCUAAGAUGCUCCCAGAGGUGGAUGAUGGGUCAGUACUGAGGAGUGGGGCUAAGAGCGCAACAGGCUCAGCCAUUGGAAAUAAUCUGGGAUGGUGAAGUCAUCUGCAGCACAGAAAAGGGAACACAAGGAGGAGGGUAAGGAAGAGCUGUGACUGAAAACAGAGGUAUGCUGCAGGCUAAUGAGCUAAUGCAUUCUUGACCAGGUUGUAAGAAGCUUGUGCUUUGUUUAGAUGAUUUAGCAGACACCAGCAGGCUUGCUGUAUAAAAAAAAAUAUUAAUGUACAACUGGUUGGACACUGAGAUUUCCUUGCUGACCUUUUUAGAACAUAUUUGCAAAACCUGGUUUUACUGUUCUGAUAGCAGUUGUUUAAAAAAAAAAAAUAAAAAUCUGCCUUACUCUAUCCAGACAACUAAUUAAAUCAAUUUCACUUUCUGGUUUCUGCAUAUAAAUGCAAUAAAUCCCAUCUAUUUUGCACAUCCUGCCUCACCCCAUCCUCACUCUUCAGUCCUUACCAGGGAACUGCAGAUUGAACUUGCUCUUUGUGAAAACCUUUGUUUGCAGAAGGACUUCAUUAGAAAACAUUUAUUCUCUAUGAUACGCUUUGAAAGUACAGAGAGGUUUCCUAGAGCAGGCUUCAUUUUAAGGUGUAUUUUUAUACAGGAAAUAAGCCUUUUUCCAAUCUUUCAUCCACUCCUCCUGCCCUUCCACAGCAGGACAGAGCACACCACUUCCCACACUUCUUUUCAGGGCCCUGUGUUGAGCACUGCUUCCAAACUCGACCCUGUGCAGAUGAUGUACGGAUAUAUGUACCCACCAGAACAGGUUCUACUGAUGGUCUGCAUAUGCUUUCUGUAAGCUGUGCUUUUGCUUCUGUCCUCGAGUAAGCAAGGACAGAGGCAACUGAGUUGUGCUGGAAAAUGUUUUAGUUCUGAUUCUCAAAUCUGCUUCCUUCCAAAAGAAAACAAAGUGAAGUUGUCUGUGAAGCAGAUGUCCUAUGAUGUGGUGGGUAGACUGCUGGUAGUUGCUGAUGCAAAUGCAAGGGGAGCUUGAUUGCCUUUGUGCAUUAAUCUUUUCUUCUUUCCUGUAUGCGUUUUCUUUUUAUCUGAAUUGCACCACUAUGGAAUUAUUUGCAGAAUGGUACUCCAUAUAUAUGUGGGAUUUAAAAACAAAACCAUAAUUGACGCUGUGCAGGAUGUCACUCAAUUGGUUUUAUUUUGCUUUAUUUUAUAUAUAUUUUCUGGUAUCCUGUACAUUGCAGUGGGUGUGAAGAUAGUAUUUUAAUAUUUGUACAAAGUUUAAUUUAAUUGUUCUAUGUAUAUAACUGCAUUUCUAAAUUAAAAAAAAAUUUCUUUUGAAAUGAA